AUGUCUGCUGCUUUAUCCCCAAAACAACUGAUUUCAAAUUCCAACCCACCCGUUGUCAUUUAUCAAAUCCCGACCCGAUCCUCUCUUUCUUUUCAAGUCGCGAUACCCCCCUCUCUCUCUUUCUCUUGUCCCUGCCCCUAUUAUUCUUCAGUUCUUAUCCUCUUCCGCUUCCGAGGGUCUCUCUCUCUCCUCGGUUCGUUCUUUGUCCACAACAGCAAAGAGGAGCGCUUGCUGGUGUUGAUAGUUGAUGAUGGAAGUAAGGAUAGGACAUCAAAGGUAGCUUUUAACUUUGUUAGGAAGUACAAGAUUGAUAAUGUAAGGGUCAUGCUGCUGGGAAGAAAUCACGGAAAAGGAGAAGCUAUAAGAAAAGGAAUGCUUCAUUCACGUGGUAAACUCCUUUUGAUGUUCGAUGCUGAUGGGGCAACUAAGGUGACUGACCUCGAAAAGCUUGAAACACAGGUUUUUGGCUCAUAUCGUGAUGGCUAAUGAAUUCCUCUUUUGUUGCUGCGGAUAGGGUUUAUCAUACGAGCACUUCUGAAUCCUCAGUUGUAAUUUCUUUACAUCAAGGAUACUUCUCUUCUCACAUGCUAUUCAGUUUGCAACUCAUUGUAUUUUUUCUUAUUAACAUUUCUCUUGGUAUAUCAAAGUCCAAAUUGACUAUGUAAUUGUCAGUUGUACCUGCAUUUGAGAAGAUAAUAGAAUUGUUACUUAUUUGCUCUGAUAUUAACUUA